GCAACAAUUGGCAUCGACUUCUUAUCGAAAACCAUGUAUUUGGAGGAUCGAACAGUACGGUUGCAAUUAUGGGACACAGCAGGUCAAGAACGGUUCAGGAGCUUGAUUCCUAGCUACAUUCGUGACUCCACUGUUGCAGUUGUUGUUUAUGAUAUCACAAAUGUAAACUCCUUCCAGCAGACCACAAAGUGGAUCGAUGACGUCAGAACGGAACGGGGCAGCGAUGUCAUCAUUAUGCUGGUGGGGAAUAAAACAGACCUAGCAGAUAAGAGACAAGUGUCCAUUGAAGAAGGAGAAAGAAAAGCCAAAGAGCUGAAUGUCAUGUUCAUUGAAACUAGUGCAAAAGCAGGAUACAAUGUAAAACAGCUUUUCCGACGCGUGGCAGCUGCUUUGCCUGGAAUGGAAAGCACACAAGACAAAAGUAGAGAAGACAUGAUUGACAUAAAACUGGAAAAGCCUCAAGAGCAGCCUGUCAGUGAAGGAGGCUGUUCCUGCUAAUACCAUGUGGCUUCUACCUUCCUCCAGAACAUCACUCGCUUUCCCUCCCUUUACUCUUCAUUGACUGCAGUGUGAAUAUUGGCUUGAACCUUCCCCUUCCAGUAAUAACGUAUUUGCAGUUCAUCAUCGCUGGCUGUCUCGUGGAGAUGAUCUAUUAGCUUCACAAGCACACACACACACACAAAGAAAAUGUCAGUGUCUUCAUUAUUUAUAAGAAAAAGAAAAAAAAGCCAAAAUAUUCCAGCGUAUUCUAGUUAUAACUUAAAAAAAAAAAAAAAGAAAAAAA